UAAAAUAAACAACGUUGUGGUGGAAUGACCUGGCCAACCUAACCAAAACACACACGCUGCUGAGACUAUGGGGACAUUUUGGAUUCUGAACACGAACUUGGAUCGCGAUGGUGCAACGAAGCGAGUGAGGGGUUUGCGUCACUGAUGCCAGGUGCAGGCUGUAGCUGAGAGCACUCAGGAUGAGUGGGGCUGGAGAGCACACAGACAUCCUGUCAGUGGCAGACGUGGUCAGAGACAGAUGGAAAGUAGCGAGGAAGAUUGGUGGAGGCGGGUUUGGGGAGAUCUACGAGGUUUUGGAUCAGCUGAGUCAGGCCACUGUUGCCUUGAAGGUGGAGUCCGCGCAACAACCCAAACAGGUGCUGAAGAUGGAGGUGGCUGUGCUGAAGAAGCUUCAGGGCAAAGACCACGUGUGUCGCUUUGUGGGUUGUGGCCGAAAUGACCGUUUCAACUACGUGGUGAUGGAACUCCAGGGGAGGAAUCUGGCAGAUUUGCGCAGAACCAUGACCCGCGCCACCUUCUCCGUCUCCACAACUUUGAGACUUGGCAAGCAGAUUUUGGAGGCCAUUGAAAGCAUCCACUCUGUGGGCUUUCUGCACCGCGACAUUAAACCUUCCAACUUUGCGAUGGGGAGACUAGCCAGUACCUGCAGAUGCUGCUACAUGCUUGAUUUCGGCUUGGCUCGCCAGUUUACCAACUCCAGCCAGGAAGUCCGUCCACCUCGUCCUGUGGCAGGCUUCAGAGGAACUGUGCGAUAUGCUUCUAUCAAUGCUCAUAAGAAUAAGGAAAUGGGCCGUCAUGACGACCUGUGGUCCCUCUUCUACAUGCUGGUUGAGUUCAUGGUUGGUCAGCUUCCCUGGAGGAAAAUUAAAGACAAAGAACAAGUUGGAAAUCUAAAAGAGACAUACGACCAUCGACUCAUGCUCAAGCACCUUCCCUCAGAGUUCAGCACUUUCCUUGAUCACAUCCUGACCUUGGACUACUUCACUAAGCCUGACUAUCAGCUCCUGAUGUCACUGUUUGAGAACGCCAUGAAGAGCAACAGCGUGCUGGAGAAUGAUCCUUACGACUGGGAGAAAUGUGAUUCGGAGGAUAUGCUGACAAUCACUGCCGCGACAACCACUGCUCAGCAGCUCACCCGCCUCACUCCGGCCUACUUGGGCAUGGCGAACGCUUCAGUGCUGCCGGGUGAGCUGCAGAGGGAGAACACGGAGGAUGUCCUGCAAGGGGAACGCCUCAGCGACGCUGACAACUGCCCUCCCAUCCCCACCCCGACCACCCCGGGUGGAGACGUAUGGGAAGAGAUGGACCGCAACAGAAACCUUAAACACGCCCAGCCAAUGAUCAGGAAGGUGGUCAGUGAGGAUGAACACAGUCAGAAUCAGGGGAACCAGAGCCCCAACACUGGCUCCAUGCAGAGUUCUCCUCGACGGGUGCGAUCAGAGACCAUGUUCCUUGAGCGGGCUGCGCCUCUGCUCCGGAGGAUAAGACACAGUCAGAGCCUGGCGUUUGAAAAGAGACUCGCACCUGAACCCAAGCCAACCAUUGAGCGCUUUCUAGAGGCCUAUUUAGGCAAACAGCGUCCUGUCCUCUCUCAUGUCGGGGAGAAUUCCAUUCCAGAGCGAUUGCAGUCUCCUUCCUGCAAGGAGGAACACUCGGGCACAGCGACCCCCGACCAAGAGGAGGGCGCAGCGAGCAGUGGCUUUGUGGCUGUGAACCUCAGUCCUGUUCCCCAGGAGGGAGACUCUCAGGAGUGGGUGAUGCUGGAGCUAGAGCAAGGCAGCGGUUCUGGAGCCACCAAACCUCCGGCGGAAGAAAAGCCUGGGACUCAAACCCCGGCUGAGACUGACAACCCGUCCUCUGAGCCACAGGACGGCCAGUCCACAGCGGUGCCGAGCAGUCCCGUCCUCUCACAGAUGGCCAUGCCUUGCACGUGGUUACUGGGCCACAGGAGACUGCCGGGGAUGCUGGGACAAAUGCCCUCGGUCAUCAUGGGACGACCCCAGAUGGACCAGUCCUCCAGCUGUGGGCCACUGUCCCCUGCACAGGAGAAGAGUGAAGCCAUACCACUAGAGGCACCAUCUAGUAAAUCUGAUCAAGUUAAAGAGGACGCCUCACAGGAUGGAGACAAGUUGGAGUUAGCGCCCGUGCCAAUCCCAGCCAAAGGUCCCACUGCUCACCUGACAGCCGACAGAGACCCUGAGAGUGAUUCUGGUCUGCCCGAUCGAUCCUCCGAGCCCAAUCAGCAGCCUCAAGCCGACAUAGCAGGAGGCGCCGUAGAGAGCACAGUCACCGUCUCCUCCUCCCCACCCCCAGCACUGCUCAGACGCAGAGACUCCCCCUUAUCCCCAAGACUGAGUCGAAUCCCGGUACGAGAACCCAACGCCCCGCUGGACUCUGUGAGCAGGGAUCUCCACAUGGAGAGGCGUCACCGCUGGAGCAGUCCAGUCCCUGGCUCCCCGACCCACUCGCCCUCUCCCUCUCUGUCCUGCGACAACCUGCCCUGCGCUUUGCCCAGAGACAGGCUUCCCUCUGACCGUGGAUCCAGGUCCGACUGCGUGGGAGAAGACCCUCUGUCUCUGUCCUCUUCGUCAGGAAGUAAAAGUAAGAUCCCACGUCCUGUGAGUGCCACCUUUGUACCCGAGCAACUCGCGAGCAAGUUUCUGCCCCGACCACCUCCUGGAAAACCACCCAUCCGCCCAUGUGUGGACAAUAGACGACGGCGGUUAAGAGUGCGUGCAAGCAGCACCAGCGACGCUGACUUCCUGGCCAGUCUGACUCAGCUGAUGCAGGACCGCAGCGGGAUGCUAUUCAGCCCUCCUCCUCGCCCACGCAGCUCCUCCUCCUCCCUGCAGCGCUCGCUGAGCUCCUCCCCGUCCCGACAAGAGCUGCGAGACGGCGGGGCACUGCAGGGACGCAGCCGCUCUCCGUCCAGCUUCUCCGGCUCCCCUCCCGCCCGCUACGCUCACCCGCAAGACCGGUUCGCGGGGCAGGGCCACUGGGGUCACGGCUCCAGGGGAAGAGGUCUGAUCCACGAGGGAAAAGGCUCGGGCAAAGUGAAUCGAUGACUGCGUUUGACACAAGCAACUGAUCUGGAUGGUGCAUCUGUCGCCAGAGACUGUGUCACGUCCGGUCCCUGAUAGCAUGUGUAAAUUUGGUAUUUACUCAAGGGAAUGUACUGUAUGUAAUGUAAAAUGUAUGAUAAAUUGAACGUAUUUAUUUAUUUAUUUGUUGGAUGUGUCUCUCAGAACACUUGACGAUGUGGAUCGAUAUGUGCAGUUGAAAGAAGAAGGUUGAGAUAACCUGAAGAUUGCCAACUCUUUACCUCUCAUUUCACUCUUCUCUUAAUGGUUCAUGUAGGCCUAAUAUGAGACCAAAAAGAUCAAAGUUAAAUACUUGAGGGAUGUAAAAAAAAAAGAAAUGAUGCUAAUUGUAGAUAUGUACCAUUAGGAAAAUGGUAUACACUAAUAGAAAGCAUAUACUCACAUUAAGGACACUAAUAUUUAAAAAAACACACACUAGCAGUAUACCAACAUCAGCAUUCAUGUACAGCAGCAGGGCAUGCAGCCCCAUUAUGACCUCACUCCAGUACAACAGCUAGACUCAAGACUAUGUAACAACGAUUGCUCAUAUCACAGUGUAGUAGUGUGCUUUUACUUUGCUUAGAAAAUAUUUGUCAUGCAAAAGGAGUGGGCAUAUUAGAAUGUACAUGUAAGUGCACUCAUUCUUGAGUAUUGUAAAAGUGCAUGAGCAUCAUCCGCAAUUUUGUUUUUUUAUAUUCAUUUGUACAGUCUGCUAAGACAUCUGUAUUUUAUUGAGCUGCUUCUGAUCAAAAGUACAUCCUAAUGUAGACCAGCAACAAUUACCAUUUUUAUUUUUUUAUUUCUUGCAUCAAGUACACGUACGAAGGAAAGGAAGAAAAGUGAUCAAAGUGUAUCGUUUUCAUCGUGGCUGUUUUCUUUUAUCAACGCAAUCAAAACAUUUAUUAAAAUAAUUUCAUUGA